GCGCCCUGAGUCACCGACUCCAUCGGGGUUGGUGAACUGGCUCCCGGCAGUGUAGCGGGAUGGUUCCUAGGUGUCAGGUUGGCUGAUGUUAGAAACCAGGUGAUAUUUGCUGUUCGUCAAGAGUAUGUCGAGCUUGGAGAUCAACAACUCCUGCUUCAGCCUGGAGACGAAGUCGCCAUCAUCCCACCAAUCAGUGGAGGAUAGUGCGUCUGAGCCAUUGGGGAAAGAUGUGGAUGAUGUGCAGGAGAAAUCUAAGGACAUAAUACAGUUCACUGCCAAGAAGCUCUCAGUGGGGGAAGUGUCACAGCUGGUGGUGUCCCCUCUAUGUGGUGCAGUGUCUCUCUUCGUAGGGACUACAAGAAAUAACUUCGAAGGCAAGAAAGUCAUUAGCUUAGAAUAUGAAGCAUAUCUACCCAUGGCAGAAAAUGAAAUCAGAAAAAUUUGCAAUGACAUUCGGCAGAAAUGGCCAGUGAGGCACAUAGCGGUGUUCCAUCGGCUUGGUCUGGUUCCAGUGUCAGAAGCAAGCACAGUUAUUGCUGUGUCCUCAGCUCACAGAGCCGCGUCCCUUGAAGCCGUGAGCUACGCCAUUGACUCUUUAAAAGCCAAGGUGCCCAUAUGGAAGAAGGAAAUAUAUGAAGAAUCAACAUCAUCUUGGAAAAGAAACAAGGAAUGCUUCUGGGCAGCUGAUGACUAGUCAAGUUUUGGUGCACUGAAUCUUAAAUUUGGUAAAUAAUCGUUUAGGUUACACCAAUGGAGAGCUAGGGAAGUGCCCGAGUGUGUGGGCUGAGGGGCCGCGUAGGACCUAAAGCUGGGAAGAAAUGGCUUGAACCUUCUGUGACUAACUCCUAGUCGUAGCCAGCGCACAACGAGCUGCAGCCUUCCUUUCACCAUCAGCUGUCCCAGGAAGACCUCGCUGUCCCAGAGGGUAUUGACGCAUCGUGAUAGGGCAUGUGUUAACAAAAAAUUGACGGAAUCAGAAAGUCAUUCUCAGUUGUGACAUUACAUAUUUUACAUAACUUAGAAGUGAACCUAAAUAAAUCAUGAUUUUAAUUAAAAAUAGAUUCUGUUUCUCUUUUAGUCAGUGAUAAUACCCAAGGGAUUUUACAUUACAGACACCUCUCUGACUUCAGAAUCCAUAAUUAUACACAGUAAGGCUUUUUUAUAUCUCAUUGGUUGUCAAUAUUCUCAUCACUGUACAGAUUAGCAUAAAACUGUUCUAAAACUAACUAGCAGCAAGGUGGUUUAUGUUAAAAUGAUGUGUGAUGCUUAAAAGUUGGCCCACAACUAUUUGAGGACAUUGUGUAAUUAUUUACUAAAGUAGUUUGGAUAGUUUUCAUAAUGUUUAUGUAACACUGGCCUGUGUGAAAUUAUUACUAAACAAAUUAAAUUUUCUGCAAGAUUUUUAUACC